AUGCUGCCGCCCGCGCCCUCCCUCCUCGGGCUGCUGCUGCUGCUGCUUCUGUGUCCCGCGCACGUCGGCGGACUGUGGUGGGCGGUGGGCAGCCCCCUGGUCAUGGACCCCACCAGCAUCUGCAGGAAAGCACGGCGGCUGGCAGGACGGCAAGCCGAGCUGUGCCAGGCCGAGCCAGAAGUGGUGGCGGAGCUAGCCCGGGGCGCCCGGCUUGGGGUGAGAGAGUGCCAGUUCCAGUUCCGUUUCCGCCGCUGGAACUGCUCCAGCCACAGCAAGGCCUUUGGGCGCAUCCUGCAGCAGGACAUUCGGGAGACGGCUUUCGUGUUCGCGAUCACGGCUGCGGGCGCCAGCCACGCGGUCACGCAGGCCUGCUCCAUGGGUGAGCUGCUGCAGUGCGGCUGCCAGGCACCCCGCGGGCGGGCCCCGCCCCGCCCCCCCGGUCUGCCGGGCACCCCGGGGCCCCCGGGCCCCGCCGGCUCCCCCGACGGCAGCGCCGCCUGGGAGUGGGGAGGCUGCGGCGACGACGUGGACUUCGGGGACGAGAAGUCGAGGCUCUUCAUGGAUGCGCGGCACAAGCGGGGACGCGGAGACAUCCGUGCCUUAGUGCAACUUCACAACAACGAGGCGGGCCGGCUGGCUGUGCGGAGCCAUACGCGCACCGAGUGCAAGUGCCACGGGCUGUCGGGCUCGUGCGCGCUGCGGACCUGCUGGCAGAAGCUGCCCCCGUUCCGCGAGGUGGGCGCGCGGCUGCUCGAGCGCUUCCACGGCGCCUCGCGUGUUAUGGGAACCAACGACGGCAAGGCUCUGCUGCCCGCGGUCCGCACUCUCAAGCCGCCGGGCCGCGCCGACCUCCUCUACGCAGCCGACUCGCCCGACUUCUGCGCUCCCAACCGGCGCACCGGCUCGCCCGGCACGCGUGGCCGCGCCUGCAACAGCACUGCUCCGGACCUCAGCGGCUGCGACCUGCUGUGCUGCGGCCGCGGGCACCGCCAGGAGAGCGUGCAACUCGAGGAGAACUGCCUGUGCCGCUUCCAUUGGUGCUGCGUCGUGCAGUGCCAUCGCUGCCGCGUGCGCAAGGAGCUCAGCCUCUGCCUCUGACGCGCCACCCGGCGCCUGCGGGACCUCUGGACCCCAGCGGGGGCGCUGCCCAACUUCUCCUGGCCACAGGCCAUCUCCCAUGCCUCCGGAAGCUGAGAGGCGGU